CUAUAUAUAAACUCGACGAACCCUAAUCCAAAACCUCCUCACUUGUACUCUCCCUCGCUCAACAGAAAAGACAGGAAAACCUCAAGGAGCGGCGGCCGCUGUCUCUCAGUCAGAUUGCAUUGAAAGAUGGUGAGAGUGAGUGUCUUGAAUGAUGCACUGAAGAGCAUGUAUAAUGCUGAGAAGAGGGGCAAACGUCAGGUCAUGAUUAGGCCUUCCUCAAAAGUCAUCAUCAAGUUUCUUCUGGUCAUGCAGAAGCACGGAUACAUUGGCGAAUUUGAGUAUGUUGAUGACCAUAGGUCUGGAAAGAUUGUGGUGGAGCUGAAUGGAAGGCUCAACAAAUGCGGGGUGAUCAGCCCUAGGUUUGAUGUCGGUGUCAAGGAAAUUGAGCCUUGGACUGCAAGGCUGCUCCCAUCAAGACAGUUUGGCUACAUUGUGCUGACAACAUCUGCUGGGAUUAUGGAUCAUGAAGAAGCUCGUAGGAAGAAUGUUGGAGGGAAAGUACUCGGGUUCUUUUACUAAGCAUGGCUUCUUUGAUAAUCAUAGUCGUGUAGUGGACGUUUUUUGUUUUUCAUUUAAUUUUCAAGAUGUUAUUGAAUCUAUUGUUGACGCGUGGUGGGAGACCCUCUUCGUUUUUUCCCAACCUCUAAAAUGUGCUUUGGGAUUUUAGAGGAUUUUGACUGUCACAAAUAUGCUGCUUAUCUACUUGUUGAGACAAUCAUCCAGUUUUAUGGCCCAAAUUUCAUUUUAUUUACUUUCUUCUUUGUGUUGAUGGGUCUAGUUUUCAUUUUUAUUUGGUAGGGAAGUAUUUUAUUCAUGAUAAAGUCAAGUUUCAGUGUAGUACACGGGUGUGGGUGUUUUACCAAUGUAAUAUGAAAUUG